AUGGUAACAACGGAGGCUUUAUGUGUGGAUCGCUUGACACAAAAUCAUCCUGGCCACACAAUCAACAACGAAAAACUUAAAUAUUUCAACAACCUGAAAUUGGCUGAUCCCCAAUACAACUUAACGGGACGGAUAGACAUUAUCUUGGGUGCAGAUAUAUUUAGCGAAUAUUUACUACAAGACAAGAUUGUACACCCAAGUGGAUCUCCAAGCGCAAUACAAACAAUUUUCGGCUGGGUUAUUAUUGGUAACGUUGCUGAUCAGCGAAAUCUUGAAAUAGUAGCAGCGCAUAUGACAGUCGACUUGGGUGAGCAACUGCAGCAGUUUUGGAAAAUCGAGGAAUGUAACGAAACAAUGAAUCACCUGACACCUGAGGAAGAGCAAGCAGAAAUACACUUCCAACAACACGUUCAGAGGGAUUCCAGUGGACGAUACAUCGUCAGACUCCCAUUUAAGAGUACAGUGGUUAACUUGGGGGACUCGAGGCAGGCGGCGUUAAAACGAUUUCAUGGUUUGGAAGCCAAAUUCUAUAAAAAUGUGUUGCUUAAAGGAGAGUAUACCAAGUUUAUUCAAGAAUUUUUCGAGUUGGGGCACAUUGAAGUAGCAAGGAGCUGCUCAUCUAGCAAGACAUAUUUCAUGCCACACCAGGCAGUGUUUAAGCCUAGCAGCACUACAACAAGGGUACGCGUAGUGUUCGAUGCGUCCUGUAAAACAGACAAUGGAACGUCACUCAAUGAACAACUACUAGUAGGUCCUACAAUACAGAAGGAUCUGUUCACAAUCCUAAUACAAUUUCGCAGGUAUAAAAUCGGGUUCAUUGGGGACAUAGAAAAGAUGUAUCGCCAGGUGCUCAUAUAUCCAGAUGACCGCUCGUAUCAACGCAUCUUAUGGAGAGAUGAUGAAAGUAAGCAAAUCCAGGAAUACAAUUUAAGGACAGUGACGUAUGGAACAGCCUGCGCGGCUUUCCUGGCUACCAGAACACUGCGUUAA